CUGUAAUUGCCACUUCAAUUCGAUCUCCAGCCCCCAUUCUGCACUCUAUAGCCUGACCGCUCACCGACUUGCACUGCUUCCCGUAAUAUAGCGGUACCGCUACAGUAAUCAUCUGUAUACUUAAGCAUCGGCUGGAGCUCGGUUUCCAUCACUCUUUGAGUAAGGCCAAAGAGGAAGAUGGUGAAGAAGACGCAACGAGGGAACAAGGGUGUGGUCGUCGUGGCGAAUAGAGGCGCUUGGAUUGCUGAGGAGGACCAGAAGCUGGUGGAGUACGUCAGAAUCCAUGGCGACAAGAACUGGAGAACUCUCCCCGCCAAAGCUGGGCUGAAUAGAUGCGGUAAAAGCUGCAGGUUGAGAUGGCUGAACUAUCUGAGGCCCGGUAUCAAAAGAGGCAAUAUAUCGGAAGAGGAAGAAGACCUUAUCAUCCGACUUCACAACCUACUUGGGAACAGAUGGUCUCUCAUAGCGGGAAGAUUGCCGGGCCGAACAGACAACGAGAUCAAGAAUUACUGGAACGCACACUUGGGCAAGAGGCCGUUGACCAUCGAGGACCUCAACCUCAAGUUGAACAAGCGGCUCGAGGGCACCGGUGGCCUCACGCGCCCUCUCCCGACCCGCAUCCUGGCGUCGAGGCGUGACCUCGUCGCCACGGCCAUGGACCCGGGCGGUGGUGGUGGUGGUGGCGCUGCCGCCGAGCAGCUGCACUCGGAGUUCGACUUGGAGCGGCUGCUCAGCUUGAUCACAAACCUGGAUGGAGGUAGCAGCACGGGGAAUGACGUCGGAACAGAAGCCGAUGGCAGCGGAAGCAAGCUGGAAUCUGAGUUUGAUGAUCUGGACAAGUUCAUGAACUACGAGGAUGAUAUCGGGUCCUACCUUCUCAACUGAUGGCUACUUCUCGAAGGUGGCAUUUGUUUUACUGGACAUUUGUGUCGAGACGAUUGAUUCGAUCAAUUAUGAUGGGUCCCCACAUCUACAUAUAAAUAUGUAUAUUAUCUAUGUUAAGGUAGAUAUGGACGGGGCCUGGAAAGCUUUGUAGGUGACGCAUGGAGAGAUCCCGCGGCCCGGCCACCUCUCUAGUUCCAAAGAUCAAGAAAAACUGAGGUCGAAACACAAUGAUUCGAUUGGGUGAAUGUUGUUGAGGAUUUCCCUCAAUUUUCUCA